AUGGCCGCAGCACCACCCGGCUCGCUCUCCCUGGACGGUCGUACUCUUGAAGGUGGAGGCCAGCUUCUUCGCAUCGCUGUGUGCCUUGCAGCGUUGACCGGAUCGCCUGUUCAAAUCCAUAAUAUCCGCGGCAACAGAUCCGGAGGUGGAGGGCUCAAAGCGCAGCAUCUGGCCUGCGUCGACUGGUUAGGACGGGCCUGCCAGGCUCAUGUCGAGGGUGCAGUGAAGUGCAGCAGAACCCUGAGCUUUGUUCCUGCGGGUGCGAAAUUUGGGUUUCCGGCUCUACCUCCAGUCUUCAAGAAGCAGACUCUGAGCGAUGGCCGCCGAGUGUGGGACUCGAGCAUCAACAUUGGCACGGCUGGCAGUACCGGACUGGCAUUACAAGCAGUCCUUCCCUUCGUCCUGUUCACAAGGUUUCCUUCAACCCUACCUAUCCGUUUGACCUUCACCGGUGGAACGAAUGUCUCUGGAUCACCGUCGUUCGAGUACAUUACUCAAGUCCUGCUUCCGACUCUGCAAGCCCUUGGAUUCCCUGAGAUGCAUGCGAAGCUUGAAAAGCGAGGCUGGAGUCACGGAGGGACGAGCAUAGGAAGUUUCACCCUUGAGAUCUCGGCUCGCGCGUUUGUACGGUGGCCAGAGCCGUUCAGACUAUGGCGUAGCGAAGAGCAGGUAGGGCGGCUGGUGCGACCAUCUAACGUACAAGCAACAUUCAUAGCGCCUUCCUCCUGUCAUGACCAUUUCCGGCAGCGUUUCAGGCAAGCUCUGGAGGAUGCCUUCCAGGGCGGCGAAAGGGCGCAGCCGAUGGACACGGAAGUCACGUGCGAAAACAGCAAGCACGAUAAGAGAUUGUAUUUCAUUGUGGUAGCGACUAUUUCGACCGGUAAGCAAUUUCCAACACACCAUGCGACCGUGCUAACAGUGGAAGACGAUCCAAAAUAUCCGCUGGUUCGAGUAGGCCGGGACUGGCUCUAUGACCGGAAAAUUCGCUCGCACGAAGCCGCCACGGACGAACUGGUCGAGCAAGUGUUGUCGAGUCUUCAAGACGAGUGGCGUAGUGGCGCGUACGCGGACGAGCAUCUGCGGGAUCAACUCGCCAUCUUCCAGGCCCUCGUGAACGGCCAAAGCUGGGUGUUCCCUGGACUUGACAUACCAAGCCAAGGCAGAAGUGAGGAGAGAGCCGAGAAAGGUGUGCCACGAAAGCUCAGGGCCCCGAGUCUGCACACGCAGACUGCUGAGUGGGUAGCCGCUGAAAUGCUCGGCACUAAUUUCGAUGGCAAUGGCUACUGUGAGGGAGCGGCGUACCGACCGUCCGUCAUCAAAGCUUUCACUACUGAAGACGGCAAAGACCAUUCUGGAGGCUUUGUGACGGCCACGCUCGAGAACGAUAUGGACAAUCUGAAGGUGUCAUGA